UUUGACCUCAGUGGCAUGAAAUUCCUCAAUGUCUCCUGUCUCCUCGGAUGCUCUGAGGCUGUCUUAUCCCUGAACACUGGGUACGGCUCCUCAGUGACCAUGGUACAGAAGGGCUGCUGGACAGGCCCGGCUACGGGCCAGAUGCAGCGGAAUGACAAGGCGCUGCCGCCUGACUACUCGGUGGUGCGGGGCUGCGAGACCGACUUUUGCAACGCGAACUUCCAGGCCCACGACUCCCUCCCCAAUCUGAGCCGAGCGCCCAACCCGCCGACGCUCAGCGGCGCCAAGUGCUACUCCUGCGUGGGGAUCCAUCCGGAGGACUGCACCCCGGAGAAGUCCUGGCGGGUCCAGUGUCACCAGGACCAAAGCAUCUGCUUCCAGGGCAAUGGAAGCAUGACCUUUGGCAACUUCUCAGUCCCUGUGUACAUCAGAACCUGCCACCGGCCCUCCUGCACCAUCCAGGGCACCACUAGCCCGUGGACAAACAUCGACCUAAAGGGCUCCUGCUGUGAGGGGCACCUCUGCAACAAGGACUCCAUAAGCCUUCACCAGCGCCUCAGGCACCGUCCCUCCUGGGGCACCCCCGGUCAUAGUCCUGCUCCGCAUGGUUUCCCUGCUGGUUAGCACUCUGGGAGGACCCCUCGGGCAUAGUCAGCCCCUCCAGCCCCUUCCUGAGCAGGAUGCUGGGGGCAGGGCAC